UUAUACGUUUAUGGCCAGCUGCGUAAAUUUUGAUUAAAUAGUGAACAUAAAACUCAAAUGGUCGCAGCAUCACUUCAAUACAUAAUGAUCAUUUGUUAUUUAUAUUUUUAGUUUUACCAGACAAUAAACUGUUAUUAAAAAUAAUUUGAUAUUUUUUUACCCAACUAAACGAUCUUUUACUUUUUGCACCAAAAUAACAGAUCACAGUUAUGUGAACUUUUUUCCUUUUUAGUUUUAAGUUAACUUGCUUUACUCUUUUGGAUUUUAACAACAAACGUUUUAAAUUAGAAUGUACGCAGAAUCCCAAGAAGACAACACUUAUGGUUUGAUGAGCUCGAUUUUAGAAGAUCCCAGAUCCUCUCAAACACAACCGGCUCCGAGUUCUCACGAGAAGCAACUUGAAAGUCUUGAAGGUCAGCUGGAACAUUCGUCUGAAAACAACUCUAACUUUAACGAUGCUGUUGAUGAUGUUGGUUAUCGCGGAUUGGACAUUGAUGAUGACGGAACCAGUUUGGAGCAAACAAUUUCUCGAAGUGAACAGUCAAACAAACAAGGUGAAAGUGGUCUCAAUCGACCCAAGGAGCUAGACUUGGAAUCAGUCUUGACUACCGACACAAGUUUCUGCAUUCAAGAAAAGCAACCAUCAAAUCGCGCAGAUGAGAAUCCGUUCGCCGCAUCUGAUGUUUUAAUCAAUCAUUUACUCGAUGGUGGAACGGAUAAUUCAGCAAAUCAGAGAACAGGUUACUCAAUCGAUGAUGCAACUUCAAAUGCAUCAAAUCACCAUGAAAGUUAUACCAGAAAUGACGCAACCGACGUCAAGACUCAUGUUACAUCAGAUGACGCAAUGAUGUCGUCGCAGGAAGUAGUUGAAAGUGAAGGCGGUAAUGAAAAUCACGAAUCUUCAGUGACGGUUGACGGAAACGAAACAGACGAAGAUGAUGAGAUUCCUGAGAUCCCCGCCGAGCUGCGAAACAGAUCCCCGAACAUCGCAAAUCUGCUGCAGAGGAGGCACAGUUUGGGCAGGUCGUCUCCGACCAAAAUGAUUUUCAGCAACGCAAAUGACGACAACGAAAACAGGAGGUGCUCUGCCAGCAACACUUCAGUGGGCGUGUUCAUCAACGGCAAACUUUCCGGACACUCUGACCAGAGGAGCAUCCUCACCAGUCACUAUCUUGCAAUCAACAGUCUGGGAGUACUAUCCAGAUUCCACUACCGUCUAAGAGUGACAGAAGUGCCUGACUGUGUGGCAGCCCUGGCCAAUGGGGAGAUCAUUGUGGCCGACAAUCACAGUGACGUCAGGAGACUGAAGAUGUUCGACUGCAACCAGAGGUACCAGAGGGCACUUCCACUAGUCUCAGAGGAACACACCUUCCCGAAUGAGCCGUUCGUGACAGACAUCCAGCUGUCCAACAAUGACUGCCACCUGUGGGUGGUGGACAGUUUCAACCAGACAGUGAGGGAAGUGGACCUCACCUCAGGCCAUACACUACAACUAUGGACCAAUGAGAGGCUUGAGAGAGGCCAUGAGUUGAUCAGACCUGGCAAACUGGCCAUCAGUCCGGAGUGGGUGUAUGUGUGCGAUGCAGGUGACGAAACUGUGAAGACAUUUGACAGGUUUAACGGACAAUUCUUAUUUAAAUUCAAAAUCGGAACAAACGAUCAAGACAAACGAGGUCUUAUUUCUAAUCAUGCAGAAUCUUCCCGUGAAAGCAUUACAUAUAACGACGACGACUGUGGAUGUCCCUGGUCCAUACAUUGGACUAUGGACGAGACUUUGCUUGUGGGGGACAUUAGACAUGACUUUGUCUACAUUGUGGACAAGCGGGGUCAGAAAUUGGGUUGUUUUGGAGGCAGUGGGUGGGGACCCAACAGGUUCAACGGGCCAGUCGCAAUUUGUUCAGACGGAGACGGAAAUGUUGCAAUUGCUGACUCUAAGAAUGGGCGAGUGCAGAUGUUCACGCGUGACAUGAUGCUGAUCACGCACAUAUUCCCGGUAGAGGAGGGCGAUGACGUCACCUCCAUUGCCUUGACUGCAGAUGGGAUGCUGGCAGUGAUAGACCACCACACCAACCAGUGCCUCAUUUUCUGAUCACUCAACAAAACCGCACGAAUUAAAACACAAAAAAAAACAAUCAGAACAACAUAUAUUACUACAUGUAUAACUAACAAUAUGUUUCAUAUCGAGAUAAUAUAUUUCGGAUCUUGUUAACUAUUCGCCCCCUUUUUGCAAAAAGGGGACAAAUUCGUUACAAGGUGCAAAAAUCGUAUUUGCUCAACAAGUUCAACUCUUUCUUUAUCAGGGCGCCAAUUCGUUACAAGGUAAACAUGGGAUGAAAUAGUUAAAAAGAUCAAAUAUUUCGAAUCCUGAGCGGGUGUUCGUUAUUUUUUUCCUCCUAAAAACGACAUAUUUAGGUGUAGAGGAACUAUACAGGGCUGCAUUUUCCACCAGGAUUUUUUGGUAUAAAUCCAAGACUGACACCAAAUCCGUUGCCUUUGGUGCAUUCCGAAGAAACAAUUUUGAACAAGAAGAAAAAAAAUUCUUAUGAAGUUCAGUUUUAUUUGACUUUGAUCGUAAAAAGUGAAAAAAAAUUUGUUCCAACCCAGGGCCGAAUCUAGGUUUUUCUCGAGGGGGGGGACGAACUUUCAAAAAAAAAUUAGAACAUUUUGACAAAUUUUUUUUUAUUUCGACAAAAUAGAUUUUCCGAGCUCUUCUAAAGCCUUAAAAAGACAGUAAUUUGGCCAAAUUUUAUGCGCAGCAGGCAAAUUUUUGAAAGAAAAUUUUAGGGUCAGUCACCAAAAAUGAAUUUCUUAAAAAGUACUUAAGGGAGGACCCUUUGGGUCGGCAGGGGGUCGAAUCGCUGAGGGUGGGCCCUAAAUCCGCCCCUGAUCUCCACCCAUUUCAAGAAAGACUAUUUCCCCCCUAUGGUACCUUGUAACGAAUACCGCCCCACCUAUAAAAAAAAAGAAUUGAACAGUUAAGCAUUGCGAAUUUUGUACCUUGUUAACUAUUUCUAUCCCUAUUUCACUAAGGGGAAAAUAGUUAACAAGAUUCGAUUUUUCGACCAAUCAGAAUGCAGCAAAAUUAGAAUUCUCAUUUCUCAUUAAAUUUCUCAGAAGGUCAGUGCUAAUUAACUGUAUUUAUUUGUA